UUGUAAAGAAAAUGACUGUCUGGCCCCUUAACUCCUUCAACGGCCUCGGUUUGGAUAGAGAGCCAAUCAAGAAUGACAGAAUAGUAUACUACAGUACUAAACUUGUUGAAAAUCCUUCAAGAUAUGGCAGCUACACUGAGGAUUCAAGGAUCAUGCAUCAUCAGAAAUUCCUCCAAUGCCCAGACUGAGCAGCAGGUAAAGAAGGUCUUUUUACAGAUACCCAUUUCAAGAAGAUCUGUUAUUCUCAUCUCUGUGUUGCCCCUGAGCCUCAAUUUGGUUCCUCAACCAUCCAUGGCUAGAGAGAGGCGCAAUAAGAAGAACAUCCCUCUUGAAGACUAUCAAACUACUUCAGCUGAUGGAUUGAAAUACUAUGAUAUUCUUGAAGGAAAAGGUCCUGUAGCUGAGAAGGGCUCCACUGUACAGGUACAUUUUGACUGUGUAUAUCGUAAUAUUACUGCAGUUUCAAGUCGAGAAUCUAAACUGUUGGCUGGAAAUCGUAUCAUUUCACAGCCUUAUGAGUUCCAGGUUGGAGCUCCUCCAGGGAAAGAGCGGAAACGUGAUUUUGUGGACAAUCCAAAUGGUUUAUUUUCUGCUCAAGCAGCACCAAAACCUCCAAAAGCAAUGUAUACAAUAACUGAAGGGAUGAAAGUUGGAGGAAAGAGGACUGUGAUUGUUCCUCCAGAAGCUGGAUAUGGUUCAAGGGGAAUGAAUGAGAUUCCGCCAGGGGCUACAUUCAACCUGAAUAUUGAACUAUUGGAAGUAAAGUCACCAGAACGGAAGCAAUAGGCGCCUGGACUGUACCAUAUGUUUUGUCCCCCCUCUUCUUCAUUGUUGUAAAAGUUUUGUGUUCUCUCUAAACGCCAACUGUUAUGGAAUCAAUAGCAGUUCCCACUUAACCUUCGCGUGAUUUGAACCACGACUCAUUGGUUAAAAGAGACGGGGCCUCACCAACAGUGCCAGCUCCUCUCAUGAACAUAUCUCAUGAUGUUUUGCUUCCCCUUCAUGUUAACUGUUCAAUCUUUGUUAUGUAGAUGACUUCCCCUUUUUUCAUG